CAAAACACGGUUAAAAAUUCCUUUAUAUCUCCCGUGAAGUCUAUCAAGUAAAACGGAAAAACCUAAUCUGCUGAUCGAAAAUGGCGCAAGGAGAGGCAUGGGUCUGAGUUCUGAGUGAGUUGGAGCAUGUAUCUAAGUUACGGUGAAUGAAAUUCAAGAAACCCCAUUUAUUGAGCUCUCUCGGAUUAGAUUUCUUUGUGUUCUUUACAAAACAAAUUCCGUGAAAAUGGCGGAAGGAGACAUCGAUUGGGAAAUACAUCUAAGAACAUUAUCGUCGAACGCCAGAGACUCCAGUUUCUCCAAUGAUCCCGCUUCAUAUCCUUCCCUUCUUCGUUCUGUAAGGAAGCUGACCCAGUUGUGUAAAAGUGAAAAUUCCGAGAAUCUGAUAGCUAGGGUUUAUCCCCAACUCAAUAAAAUCUUUCAACGUUCUGUUUCUUCUAUUUCUCACUCUCGAUCCCCCUCCGGACUACUACUAUUGGCUAUUCUUCAAUUUUUCAUCGAUUACGGAGAAUUUGUUCUCCAUGACGCCGAUCCUAGCCUCCGUACUUUCUUCCGUUCAUGCUUAAGCCGUGAGUUUGCAGACCAUGAAGUUGCAGAAGCAACUCUAGACUUUCUAAUCAUAAACAACAAGAAAAUCUUACUCGCGUUUCCUACUUUACUCCCUCAGUUUUAUCCAUUGCUGCUUAAAAUGAUCGCAUGGAAUGGAGAAAAAUUAGAAAAACCAUUCUUGAGAGUUUUUCCUGGAUUGAUAUCUCCAGGGUCUUUUCUUCCUCUAUUUAUCUCACUUGUUGAUCUACCAGUAUUGAUUGUAGCACUUGAAAAAGUGGAAAAAACUUCUGGACCAUUAAUUGGUAGCAGUAUAGCUUCAAUCCAAAAGAGUGCAGCUCCAGAGAUGUUAUUAGCUCUAAUGGAUGAAGCAUAUACUGGUUCAACCAUAGGAGAUGGAGGGGCAGAUUCGGAAUCUGAGGACAAUAAUUCAAUCACUUCAGAUCCACUUUUUCUUGAGCUUCUUAAAGAUGAAAAUGAUGGCCUUGCUCAACGGCAUUGGACUUCUCCUGGAAUGGAAUCAGCGUUACAGGCAUCGAUUUCUAGUCCAUCUGAUAGACUAAAACAAGCAUUAAAAAUGGCACCUUGGUUUCUUGAUGUGUAUUUUUCAAUAGCAUUGCAUGAUGUGAAUCAGUCUUUGAAAUGUGCUUUAAUCCCCAUGCUUCUUGAUAGAAAUUCUAAGCUGUUUCCUGAAAAGAUCUUCUCUUAUGAGGUGCGAAAGAGGCUUUUGAAUUUCAUAUUAGCUGCAUUUCAUCAAUCCCCUGAAUUCGUUGCAAUUCUCAAGAAGCCCAUAGUAGAUAGGCUUGGAGAAGCUUACGAUAGUCCUGAAAAGACCGAGUUGGCAUUACAACUAUGUUGGGCCAUUGGGGAGCAUGGAGGGGGUGGCGCAUCUCAUAAAGAUGCAGCCCGUGAGCUCUUCGAGAGCCUAGAAUUACUUCUUUAUGAAAAUCUUUCAUCAAGCCGUCUUGGUGUAGGAGAUUCGGUUCUUGGAUCAAGUAGCUCGACAGUCAGAAGAUCAUCGCAAUCAAGGCUUCUUUGUUUUGUCGUGACCGCAAUAGCAAAGAUCGCAACACACCAUCGCGAAGUACUCCCGAGGGCACGCGUGUCAUUAGGCAAGGUGGCUCAUUCGCGUAUAUCGGAUGCGAGAGUGUGGAAGCGAGCGCGUGAUUAUUUAGGGUUAAUGAAUGAACCCGCGAUCUGUCUGUCUGUGCUUGGGCCCACAAGACCAUCAAGUGGGUCCAUACAGAAGCCGGGAAUGAUCAAUUGGAGUGAAGGGAGAACAAAGAUGAUUGCCAAUAUACCGUUUUAUGUUCUUGGAGGACAAGAAGGGCCCCCUCAUCACGAUUUCUCUUUGAUGGACAUUCUUCCUGCCAAAUCAGCAACUUAUCGACUUUAGAGAAUUGCUUUCACAUUUUUAUUUGGGAAAUUUGUGAUUUUUUUUUUGUUCCUUUUAUUUGCAUUAUUGUACCAUAUUCUUUGAUUUCAUGGAUUUUUUUUUAAAAUAUAUUUAUGAUGUAUAUCCCAUGGUUUAUCUUUAUCCCUUCACUAC